GUAACAUUACAUCUAACUGUCACCUUCAGCUGUCAUUUAAUGUACCAGAUUUGACAUACGACGGCCUCUUGUCCUUUUCUUUCGUUCUGUCAAAGGCUAAAACAUGGCUGAGGUCGACGAAACUCUUAAAAAGAAGCGUACCUUCAGGAAGUUUACCUUCCGAGGUGUCGACUUGGACCAGCUUCUUGAUAUGCCAAAUGAACAGCUCAUGGAGUUGAUGCACGCUCGCGCCCGUAGGCGUUUCGCCCGCGGUCUCAAACGCAAGCCCAUGGCGCUGGUGAAGAAACUGAGACGCGCCAAGAAGGAAGCUCCUCCAAAUGAGAAGCCCGAGAUUGUCAAGACACACUUAAGAAACAUGAUCAUUGUGCCAGAGAUGGUCGGAUCCAUUGUUGGUAUUUACAACGGCAAGACUUUCAAUCAGGUUGAAAUCAAGCCUGAGAUGAUUGGUCACUACUUGGGUGAAUUCUCUGUGACAUACAAACCCGUAAAGCACGGUCGGCCGGGUAUUGGUGCCACCCACAGUUCCAGGUUCAUCCCUCUGAAGUAGAUCAUACCUAGGCUAAGUGCAAAAAUAUCGCAGGAAUACAAUAAAGUAUUUUUGUGAA